GGAAGGAAAAGAUUGGAUGGUGUUCCUUAUCCCAAAGAAUCAGCCUUUUGGAUUUGACUGUCUCACUCUAAACCCACACUAUCACCGGACUGAAAUCCCAAUCCCAAUCCCUCCUCCAUUACUUGCAGACACAGGCAGAGCUCUCUCUCUGUCUCUCUCUCUCAAAUGGAAGCUCUAUUCAUUAACCCAUCUCUCUCCCGCCUCAAAAUCUCCUCCACCCUCCGCCCUUCCGCCGCCCCGCUUUCUCUCUCCUCCUCCCAUCGCAUUCUCCGACACUCCCCCCACCACCCAUUUACCCUCCGAGUCUCCGCCGUCGACAAUCCGCAACAACCACCGCAACUUCAAGAAGCACAAGUCACCUACGAAGACUACGACGAAGACGAAUCCUACGGUGAAGUCGACAGGAUCAUCGGCAGCAGAGCGCUGCCGGCCGGCAAGGGCAUGGAGUACCUGAUCCAGUGGAAGGACGACCACGCCCCCACCUGGGUCCCUUCCGACUACAUAGCCAAGGACGUCGUGGCCGAGUACGAGACCCCCUGGUGGACCGCCGCCAAGAAAGCCGACGACUCCGCCCUCAAGCAUCUCGUCUCCGCUGCCGACGGCCGGGACGUCGACGCCGUGGACGAGGACGGCCGGACCGCCCUCAUCUUCGUCGCUGGCCUCGGCUCCGAGCCCUGCGUCCGGCUGCUGGCCGAAGCCGGCGCGGACGUCAACCACCGCGAGAACAGCGGCGGCUUGACGGCGCUUCACAUGGCCGCCGGCUACGUCAAGCCGGGGGUCGCCGAGUUGCUCAUCGAGUUCGGCGCCGACCCGGAAGCCGCCGACGAUAGAGGGCGCACGCCGCUGGAUCUGGCGAGAGAGAUUCUGAAGGUGACGCCAAAGGGGAAUCCGAUGCAAUUCGCUAGGAGGUUGGGACUGGAGAAAGUGAUAAACGUUCUGGAAGAAGCAAUAUUCGAGUACGCCGAGGUGGAGGAGAUAAUGGAGAGGAGAGGGAAAGGGGAUAAAGUAGAGUAUUUGAUCAAGUGGAAGGAUGGCGGAGAUAACGAGUGGGUGAAGGCGGCGCUAGUGGCGGAGGACCUGGUGGCCGACUUCGAGGCAGGGCUGGAAUACGCUGCGGCCGAGUGCGUGUUGGGGACGAGGGAGGGGCAAGAUGGUAAAAAGGAAUAUCUCGUCAGAUGGGCGGAUAUAGAAGAAAGCACUUGGGAGCCUGAAGAGAACGUUGAUCCUGAUUUGAUCAAGGAGUUUGAAGAGGGCCUGAGGCCCACCAAGAAUGAUCCUAUGGGCUAUGCGGGGGAGGCCCGAUUGAGCGCGGGUGGUGGUGGUUCGUAGCUCUGCUUAUUGGGCCCAUAUUGAAUCCUUUUGUAGAGCGGGUACGGGUCUGUUUUAAUUUUUGGGAAGUUCGUAAAUAUUGGAAGUCUUGUUGGUAGCUUACGGCCAUUCCAUUUGAUUUUUGUGUUGUUUUAAAUAUUUUAUCUUUAUAGAAAGAAAACGAUGUUUCAUGCAUUA